UCCUUCACAGUCCUGUUGGUGUCUUUCUCUGGCUGUUGCUGUUGCUGAUGAUUGUUGUUCUUCUGUUCCCUUGGAAUUUCUAUUGAAGUUUGAGCUCUUUUUUUGUCUGUGGACCCAUGAGUCUGUCUGUGCUUACAAUGUAGUUCUUAUUCUGAUUAUUCCCAUCAAACUGCAAACAUGCACCAUUUGCGUCCUGUGUGUCGGUGGUUUUUACAAAGAAAAACCACCAAAGAGACUUGGUACUGAGAACAGUAAAAAAAUUAUUCACAUGAACUGACUGUUGGUUAAAUCAGUGUUGUACUCUAUCAAAGGUAGGACAGAUUUGAUUAAUAUUAAGCUAUCACACAGUGUUGCUUAAACUCUGGCAGGGCGAGCAACAUGCUCCACCUACUGAGCCACAAACACUGACCCCUAUGGAGACCUCGUGUCCUGAAUUGUCCCGGUCUGCCGCUGAGGGAGCAUGCACAUUGACCUUAUUGUCUUCUGACACAUUGUCUCUGCUGUGACUCCAAGCAUGUGUUCAGUGGGUGAGGGACAGAGCAGCAGGGACGGAGCAUCAAAACCGCAUCAAUUUAUUGUCCUUAUUUGGCAAAGGUUGUGAAACUUAUGAUGUUGUGACAGAAGUGCAACAAGUGAUGUGUAGGGAAAUUAUUGAGUAAGUCAGUUACAACACAGGAUGAGUCAAACUGCUGAUUUGUCAUUUACGAAAAAUACAGUAGGUCAAAUGAAAUCAAGCAAAAAGUGACUGUCUGCACUUGGAUAAUGAUGCAUGCACUCCUACUGUGGGCCCUCAUCCUAAAUGCCUCACUCAAGCCUUCAGAAAGCCAUGGUCCUGAGGCUGAUGAGGUGAAGGACUAUGAGGUGGUUCGACCUGUCAGACUUCACACAGUCAGAAAAAGACAUGCAGAGCACCUCAGGCCAGAGACUAUUAAGUAUGCAAUGACGGUGGGAGGAAAAGACAUUGAAAUGCAACUAGAAAAAAAUAAUGAAUUACUCACCAAAGACUACACUGAGACUUCCUAUCGAGAGGACGGAACUCAAAUCACCACAACUCCAAAUGACAUUGAUCACUGCUACUAUCAUGGCAGGAUUGUGAAUGACAACAAAUCAUCAGUUAGCAUCAGCACUUGUGAUGGACUCAGGGGUUAUUUCAGAACGGCUGCCCAGAGGUACCUGAUUGAGCCCCUGUCUGGUGAUGAUGAGGGGGAUCAUGCAGUAAUGACGUUCGGUAACCAGAGUUCCACACCUGCAGUGUGCGGUGUCACCAACACCUCCUGGAGCACCGACUUCGAACCCCCAAUUAGCCGCAGUCGCUCCAGAUCGGCGGGUAUAUCUAUUGUCCAACAACAGAAAUACCUCGAGCUCUACCUUGUUGCUGAUAACCGUGAGUACGUGAAAAUGGGGCGAGAUCAGACAGCCGUGAGAAAAAGGAUUUUCGAACUUGUCAACUUUGUCAACAUGGUUUACAAACCCAUGAGGACUUUUAUUGCACUGGUGGGGCUGGAGAUCUGGUCCAAUCGUGACUUGAUCUCUGUGACUCCCCCAGCUAGGGCCAACCUUGAUGCUUUCAUGGAGUGGAGGAACUCUGACCUGGUCAAAAGGAAAAAGCAUGACAACGCACAGCUCAUCAGUGAUAUUGACUUUGAAGGAACAACUGUGGGACUGGCCUUCGUUGGGACUCUGUGCUCAGGUCAAUCUGUUGGGGUGGUACAGGAUCACAAUGAUCGGGCCAUUGCAGUGGGAGCGACACUGGCCCAUGAGAUGGGCCAUAACCUGGGCAUGGACCAUGAUGAUUCCAGCGCCUGUGCUUGUUCUGGGGAUAGCUGCAUCAUGGCUGCAGCCCUCAGCUGGAACGUCCCUCGCUCUUUCAGUAGCUGCAGCAGCAACAACUAUGAAAAAUACCUGAUGAGCCGCAGCCCCAGCUGCCUGCUGGACAAACCAGACUACCGGAGUCUGGUAGCUCCUUCAGUCUGUGGGAACGGUUUUGUGGAGACAGGAGAGCAGUGCGACUGUGGAACUGUGGAGGAGUGCAACAACCCGUGCUGCAAUGCCACCACCUGCACCCUGAAGGAGAGUUCACAGUGCACUGAAGGCGAGUGCUGUGAGAACUGUAAGAUCCUACCUCGAUCCAGGGAGUGCCGGAGGAAGCAGGAUGAAUGUGAUCUGGCAGAGUACUGUGAUGGGAAUAAGGCCACCUGCCCUGAGGACGUCUUUGCUGUAAACGGCCUCCCGUGUGAUGAAGGCCUGGGAUACUGCUACAACGGCCAGUGUCCACAGAGACCAAACCAGUGCAUCAAGCUGUACGGAUCAAGUGCUAUAGAGGCCAGUCCUCGCUGCUACCAAAAGAACACCGAAGGAAAAUACUAUGCCUUCUGCAAACGUCCCUCAAAGAAUCAGUAUAUCCGCUGCCAGGGAAAAGAUGUGUAUUGUGGGACGCUCUACUGCCAGAACGGCGAUGCAAACCCAAACUAUGGGACCAUGGUCAGGGUCGGUAACUGCAAGGCAGCUUUCUUUGAAGACAACACCAGUGACUACGGCCAAGUGGACACUGGGACUAAAUGUGGGGACGGAAAGGUGUGUAGCCAGAAUGAGUGUGUGGAUCUACAGACAGCUUACAAAAACACAAACUGUUCAGCAAAAUGCCCCGGCCAUGCUGUCUGCAAUCACAAAAGUGAGUGUCAGUGUGAGCCUGGUUGGAUUGCUCCUUCCUGCGAUUCACGGGAUGAAGCUUUCAGUUCUCUUUCUCCUGGAGCGGCUGCUGCCAUCGCAAUGACAGUGCUGGUGCUUCUGGGUGUCAUUGCUGGUGUUUUGGGGUUCUUUUGGAAAAAACAACAGAGUCCCAAGUUGCCAACUGCACACACCCAAAGGUAUCAGCCAGCAGCAGAAAACUCUGCUUACCGCCUUGACAAAGCUCCAGUUCCCAGCCAACCCAUGCCAGUGACACAGGUUCGAAGGCCAAAAAAAGGAGCCCCACCUCCACCACCUCCAGCAGGGAACAGACCAAAACCCCCGAGCCAGAACUACAUAGCUGCUCGUCAGGCUCUGAGGCCAGUACCUCCACAAAAGGUCUGAUGUCUGACACAAUGCCACCUAAUGGUAAAAUUUGGGACACUCACAUCUGUCUGCUGCUCCCAACGAGCAGCUGCCCGAGACUGAAGAGAGGAAGAGCCCCGUUUUUAUUCAACUGUUUCCUGUGCAGUCUGAAGUGUGAUUGUACCAGUGAUGUGCAGACUGCACGAGGACAAAACUGGGCUUUUAAUUGUUACUUGCAUGCACUGAGGGCUUGUUAUUACAGGGAUGAACUUUUUGUUUUUAAAGCACUUUUUUAUACUUUAGGGUUAGAGAUGCAAUGAGACACAGGUAUGGCCCUAAAUGUGAACCAUAUAAUUUUAUAUUCUUGAUCUUUUAUUUUGUCGCAGAAAUACAGAAUAAUAUUAUUACAUAAUAUUGCACAUGACUGUAUUUAUUUGUCCAACAGUACUGAGUGACUGGAGUAGCAUUUACAUAUUAAUAUAACCAAAACAAAUAUCCACAUUUGCUUUAAUGAACCUCAAUCUUAUGGUCUAAAAUUUUUAUCGCUAACUUAUAUGACCUUAUAUGAGUUGGUUUACUUAUUGCAAAAAUAUGUUAGCUGUGAUCUUGAAGGUGAUUUCACAAUAAACAACUUUCAACCCUGUUAACUACA